GCCCAACGUGCAGAGUAGCUCAGCCUUGUAUAGCGGCUGGUACCACAGCGCUUUCAAGAGCAUCGCACUCCAUGUGCGUUGCGUGGAUGUUGAAAUUGCGCUGUGCAGCUUGUUACCGCGGCAAGAACUCAACAUGUCGAACCCUCCCAACGACCCGUUCUAUUCCUCCCCAUUCGGACCCUUCUACAGAAGGCACUCGCCCUACAUGGUCCAACCCGAGUAUAGGAUCUACGAGAUGAACAAACGACUACAAUCUCGUACAGAGGAGAGUGACAGUCUGUGGUGGGAUGCGUUUGCCACGGAGUUCUUUGAGGAGGACGCCACCCUGACCCUCUCCUUCUGCCUGGAGGAUGGACCAAAGAGAUACACUAUCGGACGAACGCUCAUCCCGCGCUACUUCAGCACAGUGUUUGAGGGCGGAGUCACUGACCUGUACUACAUCCUCAAACACUCCAAGGAGUCUUUCCACAACUCCUGCAUCACUGUGGACUGUGAUCAGUGCACCAUGGUCACCCAGUAUGGGAAACCAAUGUUUACAAAGGUAUGCACAGAGGGCAGACUGAUUCUUGAAUUUGCCUUUGACGACCUCAUGAGGAUCAAGACCUGGCACUUCACCAUCCGGCAAUACCGAGAACUCAUCCCCCGCAGCAUCCUGGCCAUGCACGCACAAGACCCCCAGGUUCUGGAACAGCUCUCCAAAAACAUCACCCGCAUGGGGCUGACCAACUUCACCCUCAACUACCUCAGGCUGUGUGUCAUCCUGGAGCCCAUGCAGGAGCUCAUGUCCAGGCACAAAACCUACAACCUCAGCCCUAGGGACUGUCUGAAGACAUGCCUGUUCCAGAAGUGGCAGAGAAUGGUGGCCCCGCCAGCUGGACACCCACAGAAUUUCAAAACGGAAAUAUUCCCCACAAAUCACAAAAAAGGUCGUGCCAAAGCUGAGCCAACAAGACAGACGACGACGAAGAGGAGGAAAAGGAAGAACUCUGCCAGCAGUGCCAACAGCAGCGUGGGCAAUGCCAACAGUAAGAAGAGAAGCCCUGCCAGCAACUUCAGCCUUUCCAGUCAGGUACCUGACGUGAUGGUGGUUGGUGAGCCCACCCUGAUGGGCGGGGAGUUCGGGGACGAGGACGAGCGUCUGAUCACACGUCUGGAGAACACGCAGUACGACGCUACCAACGGAUUGGACGACGAGGAUGACUUCAACGGCUCGCCAGCGCUCGGCAACAACAGCCCGUGGAGCAGCAAGCCGCUCAACAACCAGGACAGCAAGGCCGAGAGCACAGCGCCUCAGUCGUCACAGUAGAACACACAGAGACCAAGGCCACCAAGAGCACAGUCAGUGCCCCCACCUUCAUAUGUCCGCUUAGCUGACAUUUAACUUCAAUGGUUGAAUGUUACUAUUUUGGACAUAUUCUAAUGAGACCAUGUUGCCCUCACAGUAAAACAAAGAGGGAAAAUAAUUAUAAAAAAACUGUACCUAUUUGGCACAGUAGGGCGGCGCCCUCUAAAACCUCACAUUGUACUGAAUUGAACCCUGUUGGCAAUUUUUUUCACGUCGUGGUCAACGGUGUCACUGUCACUCAUCAUGAUCGAUCAUCUCCACCAAAUACCAGAACAAUUCUUCUCCGACUUCACUGUAACAUCGAGGAGCGAGACAGAGAACUGAAUAACAUUGCACAGCAAUAUCCAUACGAAUAACACUGCUUUUUCACCUAAAUACAUACAGGUUGUAUGCAUUGCAAUGAUGACGUAAACAAUACUGGGUUUUCUUUUUCAAUUUUUCCUAGAAUUCCUCUGUUUGGAUUUGGUGGGAAUUCACAGUGUUAGGAGAGUUGGGAUAGCUCUGGGAAUGACAAUGCAGGUGUAUAUAUGAAUUGUCCCUCUUGGACACCUUCUCAGUCCUUGAGCUUUAACUGUAGUGCGAUUCUGUGGUUGUUGCCCUUUUGACCUUUGAUUUGCACGUUGCAACACCUCUGGGACAGUUGACAGGGGAAGUCAAAACAAAACAUCAAAAACAAAAUGGCUCCUUUAAGGGCAUCAGCCUCAAUCAGAACUAACCGGCAAGGUUUAUACUCAGCCCAUAUAGAGCCACCAAACUGCAUCCGCGAUGGCCGAGACGUUGCCGUCUUGAGCUUUUGCCUUUUUAUUGAAAAUUAAUUUGGCUGUUGGUUUGUUUACAGUUGUUUUUUGUUGGAUUUUCAAAGAAAAGGAAAGUGACUCUGUUUCACCUUUAAGGACAGCUUCAAGUGGGGAGACACGUGUUCCAUGAUUACUUUUCCAGAAUUACUGCAUCAGCGCCAAUUGUUAUUUCAUGCAAACCUGUUUGAUUGUGUUUGUAGUCUAUUGGUGUUCUUUUGCUUCUCCCCAAAAUACUUUACAAUCAUGUUUGUACUUUGCCAAUCAGUAGGCCUUUCACAUUUGGAAUUUGUUCUUUCCCUUUAAUGACCUACUUCCCAAACUGAUGUUUAAAGUUUUUUCCUGCAUGAUUUAGUUUUGUUUGUUUGAUAUACAGUACCAGUCAAACGUUUGGACACGCGUACUCAUUCAAGGGUUUUUCUUUAUUUUGACUAUUUCUACAUUGUAGAAUAAUAGUGAAGAUAUCAAAACUAUGAAAGAACACAUAUGGAAUCACGUAGUAACCAACAAAGUGUUAAACAAAUCAAAAUAUAUUUUAGAUUCUUCAAAGUAGCCACCCUUUGCCUUGAUGACAGCUUUGCACAGUCUUGGCAUUCUCUCAACCAGCUUCAUGAGGUAGUCACCUGGAAUGCAUUUCAAUUAACAGGUGUGCCUUGUUAAAAGUACUUAAAAAAUGUAUUUCCUCCUUAAUGCGUUUGAGCCAAUCUGUUGUGUUGUGACAAGGUAAGGGUGGUAGACAGAAGAUAGCCAUACUUGGUAAAAUACCAAAUAUAUAUUAUGGGAUGAACAGCUCACAUAAGCAAAGAGAAAUGACAGUCCAUCAUUGCUUUAAGACAUGAAGGUCAGUCAAUACAGAACAUUUUAAGAACUUUGAAAGUUUCUUCAAGUGCAGUCGCAAAAACCAUCAAGCGCUAUGAUGAAACUGGCUCUCAUGAGGACCGCCACAGGAAAGGAAGACCCAGAGUUACCUCUGCUGCAGAGGAUAAGUUCAUUAGCGUUACCAGCCUCAGAAAUUGCAGGCCAAAUAAAUGCUUCACAGAGCUCAAGUAACAGACACAUCUCAACAUCAACUGUUCAUAGGAGGCUGCGUGAAUCAGACCUUCAUGGACGAAUUGCUGAAAAGAACCCACUACUAAAGGACACCAAUAAGAAGAAGAGACUUGCUUGGGCUAAGAAACACGAGUAAUGGACAUUGGACCAGUUGAAAUCUGUACUUUGGUCUGAUGAGUCCAAAUUUGGGAUUUCAGUUUCCAACCGCUGUUUCUUUGUGAGACGCAGAUUAGAACGGAUGGCUAUUUGACCAAGAAGGAGAGUGAUGGAGAGCUGCAUCAGAUGACCUGGCCUCCACAAUCACCCCACCUCAACCCAAAGUAGACAACAAGUGCUCAGCAUAUGUGGGAACUCCUUCAAGACUGUUUUGAAAAGCAUUCCAGGUGAAGCUGGUUGAGAGAAUACCAAGAGUGUGCAAAGGGUGUCUAUUUGAAGAAUCUAAAAUAUAUUUUGAUAAAACACUUUUUUCAUUACUACAUGAUUCCAUGUGUUAUUUAAUAGUUUAUGUCUUCGCUAUUAUUCUACAAUGUAGAAAAUAGUAAAAAUAAAGAAAAAUCCUUGAAUGAGUAGGUGUGUCCAAACUUUUGACUGGUACUGUACUGUACAGUACAGGGAGGCAGGUAGCCUAGUGGUUAGAGCGUUGGGCCAGUAACUGAAAGGUUGCUGGAUCAAAUCCUCGAGCUGACAAGGUAAAAAUCUGUCGUUCUGCCCCUGAACAAGGCAGUUAACCCACUGUUCCCUGGUAGGCCGUCAUUGUAAAUAAGAAUUUGUUCUUAACUGACUUGCCUAGUUAAAUAAAGGAUAAAUAAAUAAAUAAAUACAGUAUAUUAUGUACCUUUUUGUGACACAGCCAUUUUAUUCAUCAGUUUGGGAACACUGUUACAAGGUUUCUAGCUCUGUAACAUAGAGAAUGAUAGAGACCGUUUUACCAGGAGCAGCGCCAUUGAGGCCUUCCAGCUUCCUUCAUUUUAAAGUAGUCAAAGUAGUCAACUAGGUAUGGAUUUCUAUGGGUUGUAGCCUCAAUGGGUUGCUCAUGCUGUCACAGAUUCUAUAAUGGCACAGAUAUAAGGAUGAGUCCUCUAACUAGCUCUGUGCUCUGUAAAUAGAGGUGUGAACUACAAUUUUAUCCAUAUAAGAUUAGCCACCAUUCUGAAACCAUUUUGUACUGUACAUGGCAACUGUUUCGACAAGCUUUUUGAUUUGUAUGAGUUUCACAUUUCUAUAGGGCAUUUUGGAUUCUGGUUGUUUGUCUGACCGAUUUCUGCUGCUAUAAGCAGCACAUUUAUUGUUUUGUUUAUAUCCAGUCAUUUAUUUAAUGCAGAAGUCAUAUGUUAAACAACAUUUUAGUCUCAAUGGAGAGAUAUUAAAGAUAUACUGAACAAAAAUAUAACAACAACAUGUGAAGUGUUGGUCCCAUGUUUCAUGAGCUGAAACAAAAGAUUCCACAAAUUUUCCAUUCACACAAAAAGCUUAUUUCUCUCCAAUUUUGUGCACAAAUUUGUUUACAUCCCUAUUAGUAAGCAUUUCUCCUUUGCCAAGAUAAUCCAUCCACCUGACAGGUGUGGCAUUUCAAGAAGCUGAUUAAACAGCAUGAUCAUUACACAGGUGCACCUUGUGUUGGAGAAAAUAAAGGCCACAAAAAUGUGUCACACAACCCAAUGCCACAGAUGUCUCAAGUUGAGGGAGCGUGCAAUUGGCAUGCUGACUGCAGGAAUGUCCACCAGAGCUGUUGCCAGAGAAUUUAAUGCUAAUUUCUCUACCAUAAGCCACCUCCAAUGUAGUUUUAGAGAAUUUGGCAGAACGUCCAACCGUCCUCACAACCGCAGACUACGUGUAACCACGCCAGCCCAGGACCUCCACAUCCGGCUUCUUCACCUGCGGGAUCAUCUGAGACCAACCACCCAAACUGAGGAGUAUUUCUGUCUUGUAAUAAAGCCCUUUCGUGGGGAAAACUCAUUCGGAUUGGCUGGGCCUGGCUCCCCAGUGGGUGGGCCUAUGCCUCCUAGACCCACACAUAGCUGCGCCCCUGCCUAGUCAUGUGAAAUCUAUAGAUUAGGGUCUAAUUCAUUUAUUUCAAAAAUACUGAUUUACUUAUAUGAACUGUAACUUAGUAAAAUCGUUUGAAUGGUUGCAUGUUACAUACAUGUUUUCGUUCAGUGUACAUCAUUUUUGCAAAUUAUUGAGCAAAAACCAGCAUACUCAAGGCCCUACAGAAAUGCAGUUUUAAAACCCCUCCUUUAGUGUUAUCCGUUGUUCUUUGACUAUGAUUCCCCCCUGAUCUCCUCUAGUCUAAUCUUCUGUUGGAUUUAGUUUCUUAAAGGCAAGAAGACAACGUUUGGAUCUUUUGUGUAUUUAUUUGUGCAUUUAUAAGGAAGCUAACACAUUUCUGAAUAGGUUUGAACCUGGUAUUAUUAGAACUCUGCACAAUUUGUACAUUAUAUCGCAGAGAUGUUUUGUGUCAUAUCUGAUGUCUGGUAUGUAUGCUUUGCCAUUAUGUGUGCCAAUAAACCGUGCUUAAAGAUUG